AUGGAAAUUGGAGGAAAGAGUUUAGGGACCAAAGGAAGUUCAGAAAGUAGAUCUUUUAACCAUUCUGUUUCUGUGCAAGUGGUAUCAAGAGCAAUCAACUCAGAUUCCAUGGUACUUCCGACUCCUUCAAUUCCCAGAUCCCUCCCUCCUCCUCUUCCCCAACACUCCUCCCAAGUCCCAACUCCCCUGUCCCCUCUUGCUCAGCCCCAAGCCUCCUCCGCUCAACGCCCGCGACCGCACCGCCUCGAGUCGCUGUCUCGACCUCCGCCCGAGCCCGCACCGCACAAGUCACAACCCUACCUCACCGCCCUCCGAGGCUCCGACCAACUCCCCGCCAAGCUCCCCUCAGCUCAGGGCCUCAGGCGGUUCGCUAUUUAUACCCGCCCCUCCGCCCUCGUCAUUCUCCGACCAAAGAAUUCCAAAGCGAGAAAUAAAAAUCACAUCCCCCCUCCUCUCAAGAUCUUGAAUCUUGAUCCGAUCCAAGUGAAUUUGAUAAAGCGAAAACGCCUGAUAUGGGUGAAAGAUCAUUUCAAGGUGAGUUCUUCAAGUUCUCUCUACUUCAUUAGGUUUUUUGAGGAUUAUAGAGAAGUUGGGCCCACACAAGCUAUGACAAUUGCUAAAGAAAUUGGUACUGAAAUAGAAAUUGAUUCUGUAUUUCAAUUAAAACGUCAAAUCCGUAGAAAAAGACAAUUUGAUGAGAAUGUUAAUGAGGAGAUAACACAAUCAGCUUAAGAAUCUUUUAGAAUCAAUUAUUUUUUGUAUAUUGUAGAUCAAGUCAUUGGUUCACUAAAGAAAAGGUUUGAGCAAUAUAAAGUAU